UUCAGGCUUUUCCACGGUCCAAACAUAGUGGCCGUAUUCCCCAAACGAGCUUUGCAUCAUUUCCUGUAUGAAAUAACAACGCACAUCUGUAACAACACAUUGCAACUGUGCAUUGCUGCAGCAGGAAGUUAAUGUGCGUCCUCUAAAUGCAUGGCAUCUAAAUUUAGCAACGGAGCAUUGCGGGAAUGUGGCCGGCUUCUAUGGUCUUUUUGGACAGCCACUCUGCAGCUGUUAGCUCGGUCAAAUGUGCCCGUUGAAGCGGGGCCACCGAUGCGACGGUUGGUGUUGGGCCACCGAGUCGCAGGUGGUUUGGCGUAAAGGAGCUAGCAAAGAUGACGUACAGAGCACGUGCAGCACGUUUUUACCCAACAGGAACGCUUGUGUGCAUGUCCGAAUGUCUGAAUUAGCCGCCUUCAACCUGUCUCUUAUUGUAUACAAAUAACUAAACAAAGAGUCCGGACACAGCUUUCUUGCUGAUUAACGUUGGUGGUGACUGCAGUGUAUUGUGGUUGGCAAUGAAUGCAAUCAUAUUCACCACAUCAGUAGAUGGCCCUUAACAAAAAAAUCUAAUCCUGGCUCAAUUAGGAAGCCACCCUGGCUUUUAGAUCUCUGCUCCAGAUUAUCCUUCUUUUUGGGCUCAAUCGUCCAGAUUUGAAACAAUUAUGGGCUGAGACUGGAGCAGUGGAAAAAAAACCCUUCUGUUUGUUUGCAUACUCGGCUGCACCCAAUUGAAAAUCCCCAAGAAAUCGUGAGUAAGGAAAAAGUUCCUUUCUGUGAGGAAUGUGUAGUUAUGUCGGCAGAGUGCGAAGUCCCCCAUGAUGUCAAAUCUAAAAUCCACCCAAAAUCCAAUCCGACCCUGAAAAUAGGCAACUGUUGUAAGUGCUGUUUAAACAAUGUCAAAAAAUGGCAACCUUUGUUUACAUGACAAUGGUGUAUUAAAGACAGUAUCAUGUGAGAUAGUGUUCUUAGAACACUGAGUUAGUUUUGGUCUUUGACCAGUGGGGAGACAUUACUCGCAUAACUGCAAUUCCCAACCCAAAUAUACAGCAAUUACUGUGAACAACAGGCUCGUAAAAAACAAAAAGAAACAAGAGGAUGUGUUUCGUGGUGAAUCACACUGUGAUUAUAAAGCUCCUCCUAUAAAGUAAAAUAUACUUUUAAAUUGACAUUUUCAACCCACCUGGCAGUUGUAUUGCAGUGUAAUUAGGCCUGUCAUGAUAGCAAAUUUUGCAAGACGAUAAUUGUCCAAAUUAUUGCUGAUAUUGAUUUCUCUAGACUAUUGAACAUUGUCAUUGGAAUCUGAAGACCACGCAGAAACAUGUCAAACAAUUGUUCCCCAAAGUGUGUUAUUAGAAAAAAAAUAUCAGAAAACCGAAACAUAUUUCUUAUCAUGGACACUAUGUUGUAUUUCUGAUAAUGGAUCAGCAUCACUUUUGUUAUUGUCAGAAUGUUGACCAAAUUUUUUUUAAAAAUAACCCCGAAAUAGUCUGAAGUUGACAGUUUGUCAAAACAGACAUCAGCUCAUUUGCAUAUCCACUUUCUUGAUUGACUAUUAGCAACAUAGUGUGUAGAAUAUGCUGUUUACCUUUAAUGAGGUGUGACCAAGAGACUGAAUGACUGACCGGAGCCUUUCACUCUGUUCAUUCGGCUAUAUAACCAAGGUGUUGAGACAGAGAACCAUGUUGUCAUCCAGCCUGUUUGGUAGAGAGGAGGAAGACAAACAUGCAUUCACAUGUCAAUAUAUUGAGGCCAGUAAAAUAAUAAUUUUGUAUUUGUUGUGCGGUUAAUUGAUUAGAUUAUCAUGCCAGGCCUAUAUGUUAUCAGUCCCCAACUUUCAGGCUUAAAUUUCUUUGCUUUUAGUGUGCUAAAGCCUUCAUUUUUUCCUGUAUGCUGCCUUCAUUGGAGCAAAUGACAUCUUAUCUGCUUCCGUUACAUGGAUAUGCACACAGUAUUAUUUACUUUGAAGGCAGGCCUCACUGUGAGAAGAGCAACUCGACUACAGUACUUUCCCGCCCAUUUGCCUUAAAAAAAAAAAAACUCAGUCCCACCCCCGUUUCAUAACACUGUCUUCCCUGUGUGUGGAGCUCACACAUGUAGUAGCUCCAGCGAGGAGACGGCUCGAGGAGUAAGAGGAUCUACCCGCCUGACUGCUGUGACCAGAAGGGGACGAGUUAUUGAUUACGCUCAGCCAACAUGCAGGAAGAGUCUAAACAAAGAAGAAUGACCAUGGAUUUUUCCCAACUGCACACAUACACGCCGCCACAGUGUGCUCCAGAGAACACCGGCUAUACCUACUCCCUCAGCUCCAGCUACUCAACAGCAGCGUUAGAGUUUGAGAAGGAGCACCAGAUUGCUCCUGUGUACGAAUCGCCCAGAAUGUCACGGCGGAGCCUGCGUCUGCAAACCAGCAGCAGUCACCAUGGCAAUGACAGCCUGGUUGACUACACACGGAACCAGAACCAGAGCCACAGCAGCUACACGACCAAAAGAGAAUCACGGACCCUGCGGAGUCGAAAGCUGCAGGCCACUUCCAACUCCUUGUCGUUGUCCCUGAGCCCGGCUGCAACUCCGAGAAAAGCCCUCAGCUUCUCAGCAGUUAGUACGCCCAUUAACAGCAGCAGAAGCAUCGAGGAAAGCAACACUGCGUCUGAUGCCUCAGUGAACACGAGCGCGAUGGACCAGACUCACUUGAGGCAGCGCACCAUCACUACAACCACAACCACUACAACCGUAGAUGGCAUCUGGGGCAAAACCUCUCGCUCUGAGCACAGCUUAUCAAGCAUCAACGGCGACAUCGGCGCGUCAAACUCUCACACGACCCUCGCCAACGGCUACAUCUGCAAAGACUGCUCCUUUCACUCUCAACAAACGGACGCCCGCACCGCACUCUCCCUCUCGCAUUCGUCACCCACAUCGCAAUCCGAAGACAUCACAGAUGCCGAUGCGUUUUCCUGCUCGUCAUCGUCACCUUUCACAAACAUAUACUCCAGGGACAGGAGUCGCAAAAGCAAGCCAGGCGUCCUCACUUCCGUGUCUAAUACGUGUGUGCGCUUGAGCAAGAGUGUCCUGGCUCCUUUCGUGUCCGUCUUCACUGUGCUGUACAGCAGUGUGCUCUGGCUGUCUGCACGGACAAACGUCUCACAGGGACGAGGUGUCUUUGCAUCAUGUACCGACUCCCUGAGACAGACGAUAUCCUCCAGUUUGUCUCAAGUGUGGCUGUUGAAGCAAAGCACCCUCGGCAGAAUGACCGGCAACAGGUCUACACACUCUCAAGCACAAGCUCACUCCAGCUUCUGUGGGAGCAUGAAUAUAAAAGAUCUGGCGAAGGAAGAUGCGUCACACGUCAAUCUCAAUGGUUCCCUGUGUGACGACUGUAAAGGCAAGCAGUAUUCUGAGACACACACCGUCCUCCUCACACAGUCCUCCAGGUCACAGCGCCUGGCGGGGGCGCUGUGGAGCCUCCUGGCUUACACAGGUCACUGCCUCCUCCAGCCUGGUUAUUUAGUGGCGAGAGGGGCUUCAGCUUUGGGUUCAGGUGUUGGGGCGGUGACUCAAAGGAUCCUCGCACUGCUGUGGAUGACCGUAGCAGCACCAGUGAAGGGGGGCCGGAGUCUGCUGUGGUUCCUUGCUACUGGGUGGUACCAGCUCGUGUCCCACGUGUGUCUAUUCAACGUCUUCUUUCUGACACGAUGCCUUCCCAAACUCUGGAAGCUUCUCCUGCUUCUUCUGCCCCUUCUGCUGCUCUUGGGUUUGUGGCUGUGGGGUCCGUCCACCGCUGUCCUGCUUGCGAACCUCACCGAGUGGCGUCCUUCCUCUCCCCUCACCUUCCUGUCCAACUUGGUCCCGGCCUCUGCUCCACUCCCUGCAUCCAGAACCGAGUCUCCACUUGUUCAGACGCCAGCAACAGUUGUCUCUCAAGCCCCACCAAUUGUUACCCCGAGUGUGGAUUUGGAACGCCUUGAACGUUUAGAGCGCCAGCUCACCCUGUUGUGGGAACGAGUCCAGCAGAGCGACCAGAAGCAGGAGCAGCAUCACACCAACAUCGUGGGUCUGUACAACACCCUGAGGGAAAAGCUCCACACAGAGACCGACAGGGAGAAGCUGGGCCUGUGGGUGUCGUCCCUGCUUGAGCAGCGGAUGGGCGCUCUGCGAGGAGAGCUCAAACAGGACAGCGCACUCAGGGUGCAGAGCGAGGAGCAGCUGAAAGUGCUUCAGGAGAGUCAGAGAACACGCUUAUCUGAUUUGGAAUUGCUGCUCAGCGCUUUGGCUGCCAAGACUGAGGAGGUGCAACAGAAGCAGCGGACAUAUGAAGCGGAGAAAGAGAACAUGGAAAAGGCGUUUGUCCCUCCAGUGCAAGACACCCUGAGCGUGGGCGUGCAGCAGGAGGACCACGAUGCUUUGCUGGCAGAGGUGCAAAGACUUGAGCUGGACUUGGGAAGAAUCAGGCAGGACCUGCAGGGUGUUAUGGGAUGUCAGGGCAAGUGUGAGCAGCUGGGCUCGCUGCAGGAGACGAUAACAGCGCAGGUGUCCUCCCAAGUCUGUAAGGAGUUGCAGGCUCUGUUCUACGGUGGCGGCUCGUCAGGCGAGAGUCAAGGGGAGCUGCCAGAGUCUCUGGUCCUGUGGCUUUCUCAGCGCUACGUGAGCACGCCUGACCUACAGGCAUGGCUCGCUGCGUUGGAGCAGAGCAUCCUGAGAAACGUUUCCCUGCAGCUGGAGCUUCACCGAGCUCAGACCCUUGGCGAGGUGGAGUCCAAGGCCAAAUCUUUUGCUCACACCGUGACCGGCUCCGUGCAGACUGCUGCCUCUGCUGAAGGACUGACAGAAGAGCAAGUAAAGCUGAUUGUCCAGAAUGCCUUGAAGCUCUACUCUCAGGACAGGACUGGUCUAGUGGACUACGCCCUGGAGUCCGGAGGUGGCAGCAUCCUCAGCACUCGCUGCUCUGAGACCUAUGAGACCAAGACGGCCCUCAUGAGUCUCUUUGGCCUCCCGCUCUGGUACUUCUCCCAGUCACCUCGAGUUGUCAUCCAGCCUGACGUGUACCCGGGUAACUGCUGGGCCUUCAAAGGAUCCCAGGGUUAUCUCGUGAUCAGGCUUUCGUUAAGGAUCACGCCCACGUCCUUCUGCUUGGAGCACAUCCCCAAAGCCCUGUCCCCGACUGGAAACAUCACCAGUGCCCCCCAGAACUUCACAGUCUUUGGUCUGGAAGAUGAGUAUCAAGAGGAAGGGGAUUUGCUUGGUCAGUACACUUACCAGGAAGACGGAGAAUCAAUGCAAACGUUCCCCGUUCAGGAGCCGACUGACAAAGCCUUCCAGAUCAUAGAGGUGCGGGUGUUGUCUAACUGGGGGCACCCAGACUACACCUGCUUGUAUCGCUUUAGAGUACACGGAGAGCCACGGCCUCAGUGAACGAACAACCACUACACACACGCCAUACAUACAUAUACUAUAUAUAUAAAUAUAAAUCUAAAAAACACUCACUGUACAUAGCUCUACCAACACCUGAAGUGACGACACUCUGAAGAUCCUGGCGAUGUUUUUAAAAGAAUGACAAGGAUGUGGGAAUGGAUGAACACAAGAAUAUUUGAGGGGGUGUUUUUCUCAAGACUUUCUUGCACUGAAUCAACGCACGAGGGCACAAGACUCACCAAGUCCAUUUGAAAAGGAAGUUGGACUUCUCGCAUCCCAUUCUGGUUUGGGGUGUGUUUAUUAUCAUCCAUAAUAAAUGUUUCUUUCAUCUCAUGUUUAGUUUUGGGUGGCUCGGCAUCACGCAUCGUCAUAGAUGUGACUCUUUUUUUUUUGCCAGAGGCUCUGAAUGUGUUUCUACUUUUGGAUGCAAGUCACCCUUUAAGCGUACUGCAGCACUACAAACCACUGACCUGACGAGCUCUGUACAUUAGCCAGCAUUGAUAAAGCAUAUAUAUAUGUGUGUGUGUGUGUGUGUGCGCGCGGACUUUGACGAUUGCAGCCAGCAUGUGGUUCUUCUUGACCCAAUACUUUUUUAAAAAAUUGUACAUUUUCAUGAGAGUUUUCUCUGAAAGUCAUGUGCCUAGAUCUCCCAAUUGGCAAUCACAUUUGAAAGGUUCAGCUUGAAUUCUUAAUUUUUCUCAAGAUAAAAUGUUCCAUCUCCUGCUUUCACAUUUUCCUUUUAUACCCAGACAGAAUGUAAUUUUUUUUUACAUUUUAUUGUCUAUAUAGAUGGUAUUUUAUUGUACUUGCUUUUAUCAGUGUUGAUUUAUAUAUAUAUGUAUAUAUAUAAACACACGUCCUUAUUUGGCUGACCAUUAUUUCCUGUUUUUAUUAAGUGUUUUGUUUUUGGGGGUUGAUGUUUUGUAAGGAUGCACUGCAGAUUUUGGCAUCAGUUUGUUUUUAAAAAAAAAAAUCAGAUUUUGAUUGCAAAUAUAAGAGGAAGUCUAAAAUAUGUACAAUUUUGUUUUUCACAGUCCUAUUUAUUAAGAAGUCGAUUGGUGACUGAUUCUGAGUUCAUGCAAUGUAUAUUUUGUCUAAAAGCUCUUCAGUGCAUUUUGGAAGCAUCUUGGGUUUGUUUGUUUUUUUUUAAAGAAAUUGCUAUUUUUGUUCUGUCAUAUAAGACAACUGCUUUGGAAGAUAUUCCAAUAAAGAAUUUAAUUUUGAACAA